GAAGUAGAUGGUAGUGUGUGCUCGGCUCCUCCAGCUCUCUCAUCCCAUAACAUGAACUUUUGAAGGGAAACUAGCGUUAUCCCAUAACAAGAACAGAAACACGUUGCAGGAUGCCUCAGGGAAGCUUUAAAAAGAAUAAAAAGGGACCACAGGUUCCUACGAAGCUGAAAAAGGGAAAACGACAAAACCCUCUCAAGAUGAAGAAAGGAGGACGUACAAUUGCACCAAAGAAAGCCAAGGCACAAGAGAGAAUGUUUGUACAAAAACAGUUACAGAAAGCCAUUAAUGCCAAUAUUGAACAAGAUAUGAAACAAAGAGCAUCUAAGGACUGUACAUCUUUUAAAUUAUUCAAGAAAGAGAAAAAUCCUGAAGAUAAUGUGAAGAAAUAGUUUGCUUCUUGUCAACUACAGCAGUAACAUUUCCUGACUAAAUCUUGCACUGAAAGGUAAUUUUAAAGAUAUACUCUAUGCAUAUUUUGUGGGAAGUCAGUUGAAUAAAAUUUGAGAAGUAC